GGCCUCAGCGCCUUCCCCAGCCUGGAAGUUGCGCAAAGGGCAGCCAGUCUGCAAGGGAUGCUGUCUCGGGCGCACUGAACUCGCGUGCGAUAGUAUGAUGGCUCUGCCGCCCACCGGCGCUGGUCUCGCCAGCUCUGGGCUUGGGUCUGGCGUGCCUCUGCGCACGAACUCAUCACAGAACUGGUUGCUGUCUGGCGACGAGCUGUCGGGGUUCGGCGACUUCCUCGACGCUGUAGAGACAGACCGUUCGCCUGCUCCAGUCCUGCAGCCCUCCUCGUCCUCUUCGGGAACGCACAAUCCUACCGGGCCUUCACUUCCUGGUCAGCCCGCUUCGGCUUACCCCGCCAUACCCUCGUCGGGCGCAGACAGAGCGAGACUCAUCAACAGCAUCUAUGCUUCCAAUUCGCACAACCUUGCUGCUCUCGACGGCUCGAACGGCUUCCAUGAUCUUGCUGAGCUCGGCCAGCAAGUGCCACUUGCCGCUGCCGCACAGAGACAGCAACAAAUCUUUCCAGAGUCCGCAGCCUAUGGUCGCUCACGACACGUCGAACGGUCACAGCUGCCUAUGGUACCUCCUCCGCGAGAUGCAGAGACGAGAGACAGGAUGGAAGCCCAGGCGAGGGAAUUGACGCACUGGCUAGCAGCGAGAGGCAUCGACUCGUCUGCCUCUUCUGCCAGCAAUAGUCCCGUCAGAGGUCACAGACCGCAACAGCCUAUCGCUUCGACGAGCAUGACGCCGCACUAUGCUCAGCCUGUCGCGCCUAAACCGACGAGGAUGUCGGACGCGACUGUCUCUACCUUUGAGGCUGGCGCGCACCAGCUUGCUCAACCGGACACCUCUGAUCGAUCCUCGAGCGGCUCACCUGAGCCUGCUGCGGCUCUACAAGAGCGCCGGCGUGAUCAGAGACCUUCUGCCAGUCACAAUGCGUCGAAAGGCAAGGCACGCGAAAUCAACACACAGGAUACUCAAGCUGCCCAUCCCAAAGCUACCCUUUCGCGAUCUGCGCCCGCCGGUACUGGCGGAUCUCGCAUGCCCUUGCUCAGCGAGGAGCAGAAGAGAGCCAACCACAUCGCGUCUGAGCAAAAGAGGCGAGCUGCCAUCAGAGCAGCUUACGACUCGCUCGCUGCUGUCGUGCCCUCGCUCAACGAUGCGCCUCCGUCCGGGCCUGCAGAUCACAGGCGAUCAAUGUCACACGAGGACGACGAAGGGGACGAGCGAGAUGGGGGCGAGACGAUCGGACGAGGCAAGCGGAAGCGGAAGCCUGUUCCCGAAUCUCAAAGCAGCAAGCCAGAGGCUCGACCAGGCGCAAAGAGCGAAGCUGUCGUUCUCAGCAAAACUGUCGAAUAUCUCAGGGAGCUACACGAUCAAAGGGAGGCGCUACUGGACAGACUGGAGCGUGCACAGGCUCUUCUGGCGCAACGUGGCCAGCCUUGUGGCUCGAGGUCACCCGUCUGGAAUCUAGCCUGGCAGGACGACGCAAGUGAGGGUGGAGAAGGGUCGGACAGCGAAAGCUGAGGAAAACGAUGUUGUAUCAAGUAUGUAUGGCACAGCGAACAGACUCUGCAAUGAUCCUAGACUGAUCGCACCCUCUUUUUGGUCGUCUCGUUAAGUUCGUCUCGUUUCUGAGUCUAUGCUCUUGCAAUUGCGCAACUCGUUCGUCAAGACUCGAUUAGGUACGCGCUCAGCGUACAGUGGUGAUGAUGAUGGGGUUGGGACAAGGCUGGCUGCCAGGCUGUCAUGCCG